GCGUGGUAUAACAUGCGGCGCGGACACAAGAGCUAGUCACUCGCGCACGCGCAGCCACCCACUGUCGGCGCAGUCCAACUCACAUCAAAUUCACGUAGUAAACCAACGCACUCAUGGAGACACAAACAUUACCGGACACGCACGAGAAAAGCGGCGGCGGGCUGGGUAUGCGGCACGUGCAGGUGUUUCUGCUGUUCACCAGCAUGCUGCUGUGCUACUGCAUGCGCGUGGAUAUGAGCAUGGCCAUCGUCGCCAUAAACGACGACGCCGCUCCCAAAGAUCAAUGGUCAGUAAGCAUGCAGAGCGUGGUUCUAUCGUCCUUCUUCUGGGGAUACAUCGUGCUACAACUGCCAAGCGGCGAGUUGGCGGCGCGCUGGGGAGGUAAGCCGUUGGUCUGGGUGUCCGUGGGGGGCACCACGAUGAUGACGGCGUUAAUGCCGCUUGCGGUGCAGUUCGGCGGGUAUGGCGCCGCCAGCGCACUGCGCGCAGUACAGGGACUCGCGCAAGGCUUCCUCUUCCCCGCCAUGCACGCGCUCAUCGGCAAGUGGGUGCCACUGCACGAGAAGAGUCGGCUCGGCACAAUCAUAUACAGCGGCGCUCAGCUGGGUACGGCGCUACAGCUGAUUGUGUCAGGGUUUAUUGCGGAGGCGUGGGGCUGGCCCAUGAUCUUUUACGUUAACGCGGUGCUGGGCGCUGUCUGGUGCGCUGUCUACAUGUGGGUGGGCGCCUCCGCCCCGCAUCAGAGCAGAUACAUCUCCAAAAGUGAGCGGCACUACAUAGAGACAUCCAUCGGACAAGAUGAGGAUUACAAGAAACCGAAGACGCCAUGGAAAAUCUUGCUGACAUCACCGGCGUGUAUCGCGCUGAUGGUGGCGCACAUCGGCCAAGAUUGGGGCUUCUGGUCGGUGAUGAAGCAGAUGCCUUCGUACAUGAGCCAGGUGCUAGACGUCGACAUCACCACGAAUGGCAUGCUGUCGGCGGUGCCUUACAUCGCCAUGUACUUGCUGAGCUUCGUGUUCGGAUAUCUUUCUGACCUCACGCUCAAGAAGCAGUGGCUGAGCAUAACAGCGUGCCGGAAGCUGAGCAACUCCAUAGGCGCGUUCGGGCCGGCGUCGGCGCUGGUGGCGCUCACCUUCGCUCCGGCCGGCAACCUCGCCGUGGCCGUGCUCAUCCUAACCCUCGCCGUAGGCAUCAAUGCUGGCCACUACACGGGCUUCUUGCUAAUGCACAUCGACAUGACACCGAACUUCGCCGGCUCACUGAUGUCCAUCACCAACUUCUUGGCGAACGUGGCGUGCAUCUUCGCGCCGCUCGUGGCCGGGCUGAUCCUCACCGACGAUCCGAACGAGGGCGUGUGGCGCAUGUUCUUCUACACAACGGCAGCGGUGUACGUGGCCUGCAACGCGGUGUUCCUGGUGUUCGCAAGCAGCGAGCGGCAGCCAUGGGACGAGGCCGAGACACCCGCCAUCGGACCGGACUCUGGCGAGUCCAAGAAAACCCCGGUGGAGGUGGCGUAGUCGCGCUGCGCUCGUGGACCAACCUAACUCUCAUCUGUAUAUACUCGUAUACUAACUCAUAAUAAUAAGUGUCAACCUCUAUGUAAAUAUACCAAUAAGAUAUUAUUAAGCGCAA